AUGUCAUUGAAGACUGCUCUUUUCGCUGCUGCUGGUGCCCACUACAUGGGCACAGCGGCGGCAGCCUCUUUUGCUGAAGCUUGCACGGCAGACUAUGUCAAGUCCGCACUCCCUGCUACUGGCUUCAUUCCCGGUACGACCAUUGACCCAGACACGGUCGCCGUCAACGCCAUUGGCAACUACUCGGUCGCCGCCACCGAUGGCGUCAUGGGCAUCGAGGCCGUCGCCGUCUGCAACGUCACCUUUGGAUACACCCACGACGGCAAGGACGGUCAGACCAAUGUCUGGUACUGGCUGCCCGACCCGGCCACGUUCCAGAACCGCUUCCUCUCCACCGGCGGUGGCGGCUUUGCCAUCACCUCGGGAGCCGGUGGCCUCUCUGGUGGUCUGGCCUACGGCGCCGCCUCCGGUACCACGGAUGCUGGUCUGGGCAGCUGGAGUGCUCAGUUGACGGACAAGGUCCUGUACGCUAACGGCUCCAUGAACUACGAUGCUUUGUAUGCCUUUUCUCACGAGGCCAUCCACGAGAUGACGGUGUUUGGUCAAGAGUUGACAAAGAACUUCUUUGGCGUGGACAAGAUUUACUCGUAUUACUCUGGCUGCUCCGAGGGUGGACGUGAUGGUUUCAGUCAGCUUCAACGAUACGGUACCCAGUUUGAUGGUGCCGCCGUCGGCGCCCCGGCUAUGCGCAUGGCCUUCCAGCAGGUUAUUCACUUGUUCUCUGCUCUGGUAGAGAUCACCAAUGAUUACUACCCGCCGACCUGCGAGUUGACCCGUAUCAACAACGAUACAAUUGCAGCUUGUGACUUGCUCGACGGCAAGCAGGAUGGAGUUGUCAGCAGAACCGAUCUUUGCAAGCUCCAAUACAAUGCGACUGCUUCCAUUGGCAACACGUAUGCCUGUGCUGCCGGCAGCGGUGGCGGUGGCGGUCCAGGCGGUCCAGGUGGUCCAGGCGGACCUGGCGGCGGCUCAUCAUCCCCUGCUGUCAACGGUACCGUCAGUGCCCAGGCCGCUGAACUCGUCAAGGAUCUCUGGGCUGGUCUCUUUGACUCCCAGGGACGCCAAGCCUACAUCAUGUUCCAGCCAUCGGCCGACUUUGGCGAUGCUGGUACCACCUACAACAAUGAGACUGGCCAGUACGAGGCAGCCGUCAGUGGAAUUGGUGUGCAAUGGGUCAAUUACUUCCUAAAGAAAGUGAUCUCGUCGGAACUGGACCUUACAAAUGCGACGUAUGACACUCUCCGAGAUUGGAUAAUUCAGGGAAUUCCCGAGUACUCAAGCACCCUGCAGACUGACUGGCCCGACUUGGAGGACAUCCGCGACUAUGGCGGAAAGAUCAUCCACUACCACGGCGAGUCCGAUAACAGCAUCCCCGCUGGAUCCUCCGUCAUCUACCACGAUGCUGUCCGCCAGGCCAUGUACCCCAGCCUAAGCGUGACGGACGGCUACACCGAGCUCAACGAGUUCUACCGCUUCUUCCUCGUGCCCGGCGCCGGCCACUGCGGCCGCAGCUCGUCGCAGCCCAACGGGCCCUUCCCCUCGGACAUUCUCGGCAGCGUCAUUGACUGGGUCGAGAACGGCAACGCGCCCGACCAGCUGCCCGCCGUCACCACGGCUGGCGUCGAGGAGGAUCUGUGCCUCUGGCCGGCGCGGCCACUGUGGUCUGGAGACAGCGCCGACAAGGAGUGCGUCUUUGACCAGGCAUCUUACGAGUCCUGGCUGCCCAAGCUGGACUCCAUCCCCGUUCCCGUGUGGUAA